AGAGUUUUAUGCAGGAUUUAUCCUACAGCCUCCAUCAAGUGAAAAGAAAAGAGCAACUUCUGAACUCGGCCCUGCUGUACAGUUUGGACCAUGAAAGUUCAGCACCUGUCAGCUCUCUGUGUUACAUCACUAUCGAGGAGUAUGAGAGGUCGAAUCAGUGCCCGCUCUGUCCAGGGAUCCAACGUGCAGUGAACUUUUCAGCCAGCACAGGCAGGAGGAGCUGGAGAAACUGGGUGGAGAUUGACAUCACUUCAUUUUUUCUGCCUCUCCUAAAGUUUCCGAAAAAGAACAUACACUUGCUUGUCAACAUCACCUGCCCAGAGGAACAAAGAGCCAAGGGCAAAGGUCCCCUGGAGAUCACCUUGAGGUCCCCUCCUCUACUUCUUUACCUCAAUGACACCAGUAAAAUCGCCCACCAGUGGUCACUAGAGAGUGCUAAAGCAAGUAAAAGGCCAUCUGUGGCCUUUAAUAAUUUUCAGAAGGAGGGGGCUUUAAAACCAGAACGCAGGCGUGGGCUCAAGAGGAGAUGGAAGAGGGAAUCUCCAAAGAGCAAACGAGGUGAUACAAAGUUGGACAUCCAGCUGCCUGAGCUUCUCCCAAGUUCCGAAUUCCCAACACGUGACUGCGCCUUGUAUGAUUUCAGGGUGCGCUUCAGUCAGCUCAAACUGGACCACUGGAUUGUGUUUCCUCCUAAGUACAAUCCCAGGUACUGCAGAGGAAUCUGCCCGAGGAUCACGGGCUUCAUCUACGGGUCACCCGUCCACACCAUGGUGAACCUCAUCUAUGAGAAGCUUGACUCCUCUGUUCCCAGGCCCUCGUGUGUCCCCUCCCACUACAGCCCCCUCAGUGUCAUGAUCUUUGAAGAGGACGGCUCUUACGUCUACAAGGAGUUUGAAGACAUGGUCGCCACCAGGUGUACAUGUCGCUAAGCCAGCAACCAACAUGCCUUUCUGUUUUUCAGGCUGAUCAGAAUGUCAACAAACCCUCAUCAGCAGUCAUCACACAGGUGGACUGUUUCCAAGCAUCAAAUAUUCUGACCAGGCUUGGUGAUUUCAUGAAUUUAUAAAAUCGUUGUGCAUGAAAGAAGUUUGGUCUGGAGCAGUUGUGUUUACUUAAAGUAUUUUAUCAUGUAAAAGUGUGGCAUUUAUUUAGGUUUUGUUAAGGCAGAAAAGGUGCAGAUGCAUCCUGAUCUUCAGCUGUUAGAAAUGUUGUAAUGAAUCUAACA